CUAGCGCAUUUUAUGUUUCUGUGUUUAAAAGGGAGCAGGCUAAUAUUGGACUCAGAGGAACUCAGAAGAAACAGCGUGUCUAUUUAUUUUACACAGGUUAAUAGAACUCUUCAAAGCAGGUAACAUCAUGUCAGAAGACAGGCAGGACAGGAGAUACCCCCAGAACCUUCAGGGGGUCCUGCAGCUGGCAGUGGAUGCUGGAUCCGCCGCAGAGGGUUCUUCCCCUGUUGAGCCCAUGUCAGAGGAAAGGAAAACGUGGCUGAGAGACGCUCUUGCAGAGGUCUGCAAAGGACAGAUGGACGAAGUGGAGCAGAUGAAACAGUGCUUGGCUGUUCUACACAAAGAGGAAGGGAGUGGAAGGGAGCGAGAAGGAGAGGAAGAGAGGGAGGAAGAUGAUGAAGAUGAGCGGGAAUCAGCCUUUGAGAUGUUGUCAGAGUUGUGUGAGAACCUAGACAACGCUAGAGACCUGAUGAUUCUUGGUGGACUGGACUUGUGCGUCUCUCGGUAUCUGUGUCAUGUCCAAAGCGGGCUGAGGUGGCGUGCUGCCGAGCUCAUUGCCUCCUGCGCCCAGAACAUGCCGCAGGUGCAGGUCCACUUGCUGAACAUUGGGGUGCUGCCAAAGCUGCUGCAGCUGACAGACUCAGAUCCACAUCCCACCGUCAGAGUAAAAGCCCUUUACGCUGUUUCAUGUCUGGUCCGAGAGCAGGAAGCAGGCCUGCAGGCGUUCCUGUCCCAUGACGGUUUCUCGGUGCUGAUGCGUGGCAUGCAGGUGGAGAACGAGAAGCUCAGGACCAAGUCGGCUUUCCUGCUGUUCAAUCUGUUAAUGUCACACCCCGAACAGAAAGACACAGUUGUCUCAAUGGGUAUGGUGCAGCAGCUGGUAUCAGCACUCCGCACUCCACAUUCACCUUUCCAUGAACACGUGCUCGGCGCCCUUUGCUGUCUGGUGGAAGACUUUCCUCAAGGGCUCAAAGACUGCAGGAAUCCUACGCUGGGUUUGGAGGAGUUACUCCGACAGCGAGCCAAAGAGCUUCAGGGAAAAGAAGAAAGUCAGGAGGAACUUGACUUCUGCGAGCGUUUGAGGCUCUUGUGUUUCCAAGGGCAGCAGCAGUCAGAUGACAAUGGGAUGGAUCGCUGAAAUGUUUUUGUUUGUUUGUUUGUUUUUUACCUCACCUGUUUUGGCUUCAGUGUGAAAAGAUAUAGCAGAACAUUCACGCGGUGGAUGAUCGUGGAUGUUGAGCAACGUUUUGUCUGUUACGACAGUUGCUGUCCAUAUUUUGCAUGUAGUCCAGGAUCUGGAUUUUACUGUGUAAAUAUCUAUAUAUCUGUAUAAAAUACUUAAAGUCAGCUCUCAUUUCA